AUGAAAAAUCACGAGGCCCGUCCCACUGGUACAACUCCAUUCCCAGAAGUGAAUGUGGCAAGGCACGACCACUAUAGGAAAAAUCGUGGUCGCGGUCGUGCAUACGCACGUGGACGUGGUCGUGGUCGUGGUCGUAAUUAUGCUCAUGGUCUUGGUUUUGAUCGUGGUCGUAAUGGGAAUCAUAAAAACACAUAUUUCCACCCGAAGUGGAAAAAUGUUGAAAAGAAUGAAAAAGAGGGUCAGUGUAGCAAAACAAAUGAAAAUAUUUGCUAUCGUUGUGGAGGAAAAGGUCAUUGGAGUCGCACUUGUCGUACUCCAAAACACCUUGUUGAUCUUUAUCAAAAAUCACUGAAAAAUAAAAAGGAAAAGAUCGAGACUCACUUUGCUAAUGAAGAUGAUGAUCCAGAUUAUGGUAAUAUGGAUGUUACCCAUUUAGAUAUUGGUGACUUCUUUGCUGAUCCAGAUGGAAAAAUUGAUCACCUUAUUGGAGAUGGAAGCGUCAAGAAAUAA